AUGAGCUGUGUGAGCCCCUCGUACUACCACCAAAGCGGUGACACCACCACCAGCACCACCCCAACUAAUAAUAGUAGUAUUGGCAAUGGCGCUCGUCGACCGUACAACUAUACAUCCGUGGACAACCAAGUCAACAUUAUGAAACGGCAAAGACAACAGGAUACCACUGGUAAUAGUAAUAGUGACAAUGAUCAGCAGAGCAGUGCCAGCAACAGUCCCUUUAAUCCACUCCAACUGGAUCAGAGCAGCAAUAUCCUUAUACAAGACAUUGAUGAAGAUCAGGAACAAGGCAGCAAUGCCAACAACAACAACAACAGUGAUAAUAGUCUGCUCUACAGUUCAGAGGCAUCCAAUGCGGGUCGAAAGAAACUCACCUAUCGCAUCCGAAGUCCUUCCAAGAAGAAGAAUGGAGCAACCAACAACAAAUCAUCAUCCACCGUCCUGCUCAAACCACCUCAAGAAAGUACUACUAGUAGGAGACGUCACAGUCCAUCCAGUACCAGAAGCAAAAGUCCUUCGGAUGCCACAGCGGAUGAAUUGGAACGAUUUCAAGAUGAACUCGAGAAACGACCGGUGGUAUCCCCUUCCUUCUCCAUGAUUUCUUCCCGAAGCAGUCGCGCACCCACUCCCACCAUUAGCAAUACAUCCUUUCGAACUGCCACCACCACACCCCUCUCCAAAGCCAAUAAACACAACAAUACUACCGUCAGUACAGAGCCCACCAUGACGUCUCCUCCUUCCUCCUUCAUGGAUUCCUUGAAUCUGCUCAAUUCCAGUCAUCCCACGCCACAAUCGUCACUCAUGGAUACCAUGCAUCUUGUCAGCAGUGAUAGCAGUGCUGCUUCGGGAGAUGAAAAACGAAUACGGAGGUACUCCCCACAAAGUGCUGCAUCCUCUGCAUCCAGUGCUCGAAGGAGAAGUCCCAGCAAUUCACCACAACAACAAGAGACACCAGCAGCAGCAUCUAGUAGUACUAUGAAUCAUAACAAUAAUACCCAAUCUCAUCAAGCCUCCUCCUCCAGACAACAACAACAGCAACAACCCAAACUGCGACGAAACUUUCCCUACGACCACGACAAACGCAAUGACAACAACAACAAUGCCAUCGAACCACCCAAGUACUACCACCCCGCCUAUUGGGAUGCCCGCUUGGCACGACGGGAAAUAUACAGUCGCAUGUAUCGUCCCGAUCGAAACGAACUCGAAGAACUCCAAGAACUCGAACAGUUUCUAGGCAUUCCAGAAGCCAAACGAUCCCGCAAAAACAUUAUCGUCACACAAUGGCGAAGACUCAAUCCCAGCACGUCACAGGCAUCCCAGCAAAACAUUCCCAUGUCCAUUGUCCUCAAACGAGGACCCGUCGCAUGGGGGUCCCAUGACGAAUGUGAGUUGAUCUUGUUGACCCGAGGAUUCGUCGUGGCACGCAAGGUAUUUCAGUACAUUCCACGCUUCCAACUGGGGGAACUAUGGACCAAUGUGGAAAAGAUUACACCCUCGGGAAUGACGUCCUUUACCAUUGUCUGCAAUGACACCAAACAGUUGGAGUUUUCCUGUCCCACGGCGGGUGAUUUGCAGGCAUGGAUGACGGCACUGCGAAUGGUCGUUUUGCAGGCAUUUUCGCUCCAAGCAAGCUUGCUGGAUACGGCCGAUUCCACCUACCAACCGGGAUGGCAGUACAAGAUUGUGCAAACACCGUGGUUUUCCGAAGCAGUCACGGGACAUGUGCACAUUGAAUCCAACAUGCUCGAUACCAUGGACAACCGGGAUCUCAACACCUUGGAUACGUACAAUCAAUGUUCCCCUCUGCAUUAUGCCGUACGAGCCAAUCAUGUCGAUGCCAUUCGAUUCUUGUUGCAAGCGGGGGCCGAUCCCAACAUGCCCGAUGGAAUGGGACAAACUCCCAUGCAGUGUGCCAUCGAAGACGAUCUACCUGAAUCAUCGAUUGACUUGUUAGCAUCCUUUGGCGGCAGACUCCCCAGGAAUGUAUCCAAUCGCCCAACCUGCCUUCCACCCGUUCAAGCCAAGGAUACCAAUCAACGAUGUCGACGGUUAUUCUUGGUAUUGCUGUUGUUUUUGUUGGUCGCAACCGGGGUUACUACGUUUCUGAUUUGGUAUUUGGGCAGGGAUCAAUCCAACUCAGCAAACAGCAUAGAAUCAUCACAGUCUGCAACAACCGAUACCUCUUCCGAAGUUGGUUUUGAUGAAGAACAAGAUAGACUGGUGCCCGUUGACGGAGAUGAUGAGCAAUCGAUAUCGACAACUCCCCCGUUCUUGGUCGUGGGUGUGAACCCUAUUCUGGCUACCAACUUGACGACAGACUCUCCAUUUCCGACGUUUGAGACAAACGCUCCACCGUCGGCAAACCCACUGGAAGGCACUCUUAACGACGGAGUCUCGGAGGAACAGCUUACACCGGUCAUUGACAUUCAAUUACCUACAUCUCCCUCUUCCUAUACGCCGACGCCAUCUGUACCUACUAGCUCCCCUACCAAAUUUCCAACGGGAUCUCUUACGGCAAAGCCCACCCCCAUGCCUACUGCACCAAGGGCAACCCCCUUUCCCACCACAAUCCGGCCUACAUCGGGAUCGACUGUCACUCAAUCCACAAACAAGCCCACUGGGGCUCCCACUGGGGCUCCCACUGGGGCUCCCACUGUCAAACCAACCGACCUGCCAACUAAUCUCCCAACAGGACUCCCAACGACCAGCAGUCCUUCCGUAGCUCCAAUCGGCGGUUUUGCUGAAAUGGCUCCAACCGACUUUCCAACGUUUGAAACCUUUCAAGAAGGGAACAUCUUGCUACCAGAGGAUAUCCUGCUGUUUGAGUUCCUAGUGGACAACUCCUUGGACGGUGGAGAAGCGCUCAAAAAUCCAAAGUCGGCCCAAUACGCGGCUUUUCGCUGGCUCUCGGGAAACAUGGAAUUGCCAGCGUACUCGGACAAACGAAGAAUCCAACGCUAUGCUCUGGCGACUUUAUACUUUAGCACCAAUGGGGAAGGGUGGAGCAAUAACCAUUUCUGGGUAUCCGAUGCAGACGAAUGCACUCUUUGGUUUAGCCGGGUUGCCGAAAUCGCUACAGAUGUCAUUUGCAAUGGGGAGAAAGAAAUUGUAACAUUGGAUUUGGAUUACAACAACUUACAGGGGGCGUUGCCCCGGGAAGUCGCUCUUUUGACGAGCCUUCGCCGAGUGGAGUUGUAUGGGGGCCCUCAAGGAUUUUUAACUGGAACGCUGCCAACCGAGCUGGGCUUAUUGUCAAUGCUAGAAUCGCUAUCCGUCAGGGGGAAUCGAAUGUCUGGCAGCAUUCCAAGUGAAUUGGGGAAAUGCACUGCUUUGGAAAACCUAAACUUGAGCCAAAAUCGCAUUUCCGGGACCUUGCCGUCGAAUCUAGGAAUUAAGGGAAAAAUCCCACCUGAAAUCGGAGGCAUGGUGUCAAUGUCAUCAUUUCAGGUACGAGGCAAUAGGCUGAGUUCCUCUAUUCCGGCUUCCAUUGGCCGUCUCGUCAACAUGGGAACUCUUGACUUGUCCUUCAAUAAGUUGUCGGGGUCUAUACCGUUUGAACUUGGGAAUGCUUCUCUACUGCGAACUCUCUUGUUGAAUUCAAACAGUCUGACUGGGCCAGUUCCAACUGAAAUAGGUCAACUGAGUCGAUUGAACACUAUUCGUUUGGAACUGAACGACAUGAGUGGUGCGGUGCCCAUUGACGUUUGCGACGUCUUCUCCAACACGUAUCCCAUGUUCUACGUUGAUUGCCAGGAAGUCUCCUGUUCCUGUUGCACGUACUGCUGCCUUGACACAGCGGGCUGUACAUGUACACACGCAGGGACUUUGAACGAGUUCCUUUGCUAG